AAUCCAUCUCUCUCUCUCUCUCUCUCUCUCUCUCUCUCUCUGGCUCGCCGCUGCGCCUGCUCACCCAUCGUGUACCGGACGCUGAAGAGAAGCGGAGCGACACGACUCCUCCGCCGACGCCGCCCAGCCCAGUCCUGAUCGGAGAUCCGCGCUGUUGCUGCGAUUGGCUAGUCUGAAAACUGUGCUGCUUAGUUGGAUGUGCUAAAAUGGAGAUUGAUGGCGUAAGAGAGGCAUUUGAUCGAGUUGUUGGGAAAUGUGUGUUAUCUUCUGUUAAAGCUCAGGAAGCUGUUGAUCAGAUAGUGAAUGAAGUUGAGCAGGCAAUCACUAAGAUGCAGAUGAUGAACACAGAUUCUAUGGGAACCGUUGACCCCUCUUCCAUCCUUGCAGAACUGAAAGCUAAGCUGAAUGCAAUAGCGCCACUAAACCAACUUGAAGGUUGCCAGAAGGAAUUAAAUGUUGCCCUGAGCAAAUAUCUCAAGUUCCUUGAGAAGUCUUUCAAUCCAGAUAUAUCGAAGGCAUACAGAAAUGUGGAUUUUGAGGUCCAAACAAUAAACAACAUCAUAGCGAACCAUUUCUACCGCCAAGGCCUCUUUGAUCUUGGUGACUUGUUUAUCCGUGAUUGCGGGGAAUCAGAUGGAGCUUUCUUGAAGUUACCAUUUCAGGAGAUGUAUGCAAUACUUGAAGCGAUGAAAGUGAGAAACCUUGAACCUGCCCUCAGUUGGGCUGCCAAUAACCAUGACCAACUGUUGCAUAAUGGUUCUAUGCUUGAGUUCAAGCUUCAUCGGUUUCAGUUUAUUGAGAUAAUAAAUAAAGGAAUUAGAGAUGAGUGUUUUGUGUAUGCAAGGACUCACUUGGUCCCCUUUGCAUCUGUGCACAAGGAAGAAUUCCAGAAGCUAAUGGCUUGCCUUCUCUGGGUUGGCCGGCUCGAUCAAUCCCCAUAUGCUGACUUAAUGUCAUCAGGGCAUUGGGAGAAGCUAGCUGAGGAGCUCACCCAUCAAUUCUGCAGCCUUUUGGGGCAGUCUAGUGAGAGCCCACUGAGCAUUGCAGUAUCAGCUGGUUUUCAAGGACUACCAACCUUACUGAAGCUGACGACAGUCAUGGCCGCAAAGAAGCAGGAAUGGCAAGCGAUGAAGCAGCUCCCAGUUCCCAUAGACAUCGGGCCGGAGUUCCAGUACCACUCUGUCUUUGUAUGCCCAGUGCUCAGGGAACAGUCUAGCGACGAGAACCCUCCAAUGUGGAUGCCUUGCGGGCACGUCGUCUCGAAGCAGUCAAUCAUGAAGCUGUCGAAGAGCAGCUCCAGGCCUUUCAAGUGCCCGUACUGCCCCUCGGAGGCUGUUGCGUCCCAUUGCAAGCAGCUAUAUUUCUAAAUGUUGAUCUUUUCUGGCUGCUCAGACCUCUUUACACAUGCUUUUCCUCACGUUACCUGUUGCACCAAUCCAAUGACUUGUCUGCACUCUGUAAUAUAACCGUGUAUCUUCAGUGUAACAUGUGUUGCCUGAAUGGAUGUUAAUCUGUACAGUUGCAAAUUCCAAUAUGUUGUUUAAAAUCCA